UUUAGAAACGCCUUUACCGACUAUGGAAGACGAAAGUGCUGAAGGUAUUUACGAAGUCGAAGAUAACGAGGGUGCGGAUGCUGUUGAUCAUGGAACCAACGACGAAACGGAGGAAAUGCAACCUUUAGAUUAUAGUCUUCUAAUGCUACGGAGUUCAAUAAAAAUAAACGAUGUUGUAAACCAAGGUGUGUCACCGCAUAUAGAUGAAUCGAGUUCCGGAACUAGCGAGGGUCAAAAGAAUCACAGGAACGACAGUGCGAAAUCGAAAGAACAGAAAAAUAUAAAUCAUCUUGGGACUAUCGAUGAUAUUAAAAACGACUGUUCUCAUUUUCAAAGACAUACUAACGAAGUUCCACACGAAAUUCAACAAUCAAAUCCAAGCGAUGGAACAAAUGUUAUCAGUAACAAUAAAUCUUCACUCAGAAAUGCAGGACAACUUAAAGCUAUGGCUACGACAGCGCGAGUUGGAUGA